AUGAUUAACAUCGCCCUGCUGGCGCAUAACAUCUCCGCCAUUGCGGUUGACCCUCAUCGUCUGGCCGAACAGGCAGUCGACGUGGUGAAAACCGCCGGUGUCAUCCUCUGCCUCUGCUCCACCGGCGCGGUGGCAGCAAUCCGGAUGGCGGCAUGGCAGCACCUCAUACAGAGGAAACUGUGGCUGCAGCAGACCCCGGGCAUCCCUGAGCCGAUGAGGCGGCAGUUACUGGAGUGCCCAUCAGCCCGGACGUGCUGUUCGGGCCCCGUCUGUCAUCUAUGGUGGAUGACAUGCAGGCCGCUUCCGAGGAGGCAGAGAAAUUCCGGAGAUACGUCUCCCGCUCUCCGCCUCCACCCGGGCGGCAGCGCUCCGCUCCAAGCCCCCGUCGCCGCGAUAGGCCCCCGGCAGUCACUGUCGCGGCUAAUGAAGCGCUUCCUAAAAGGUGUGCCCCUCAAGUUUGUGUCAGCCAAGACAGCUUUGCUGCUGGCCCUGACGUCAGCUAAGAGACCCCACCAACCUCGCUCGCAUGUGACCUCAGCUCCGUCAACGAAGAGGAUCACCUUCUACAAGAGUGGCGACAGCCAAUUCGGCGGGGUCAAGAUGGCCGUCCACCGGCGCAGCUUCAAGUGCUUUGAAGCACUGUUGGACGACCUUUCGCAAAAGGUCCCACUCCCGUUCGGUGUCCGCACGGUGACCACGCCGCGGGGCACGCACGGCAUCCACUGCCUGGACCAACUGCAGGACGGCGCCUGUUACCUCUGCUCCGAUCACCGCCGCGCCAAACCCGUGGACAUGGGGCUGGCGGGCCGACGCCCGGCGGUCUGGCACCCCCACCACCACCACCGCCACACCCCCCAGGCCCAAAGACCCGACGGCGCCCCCUCCCGGCAGAGGCGGGUGCUGCUGGUGAAGAACAGCGAGCCGGGGCGGAGGCGCAGCGUGGUGCUGGGCCGCCGCUCGGCCCGCAGCCUCCGGGCCUUCCUGGAGGAGGCGUCGGACACCCUGCAGUUCCACGUGCGCCGGCUGUACACGGCCGAGGGCCGCAAGAUCGACAGUGUACAGAGCCUUAUGACGUGCCCUGGCAUCCUGGUGUGUGUGGGCCGGGAGCCCUUCAGCCCGCUGCUGGUGGACUUCCUCAGGAAGAGCUCUGAGGAAAGACUACCAGGCCUGGGCUUGAGGUCCCCCGCCCUGGGCCCCAGGACCCCAGGGAACGGGGCCCGAUCCCCGGCCACGCAGGGAGUCCGCUCGCCUCUCCAUGGAGCUCGCUCUAGAGGCAGCGAGUACAGUGAGGGCCGGGACAGCAGGAAGAACGUCAACUUUGGCCUGGAGACUAAGAAGAGCAUCAUCCACCCCCGGUCGGACUCCUCCACCCGCUCCACACGCUUCUCCCUGUCCUCGGAGAAGUCCUACACCAACGGACUCACUUCCUGUCCCCACUCCCACCCCCGGCCGGCCAUCAUGAACGACGACAUCGAGAAGCGCGUCAUGGUCAACAAGGACGGCAGCCUAUCGGUGGAGAUGAAAGUGCGCUUCCGCCUCCAUACCGAGGACACCCUGCAGUGGUCGACGCAGAUUAAGAAGUCUCCCUCCCUGACCAACGACUGCUGUGCGUCCAGGGAGGGUCCUCCCUGCUUCCUGCAGCAGGGCCUCUCCGAGACCUGCUCAAACCCUGACUCCGGCUCAUGUGAUCCAGAGGCCACCAAUAUGUACGCCAACGCUUCCCUCGAGCACCCCCUUGAAGCGAACUGCCCAUGCUGCCACCAGACACGAGAGCAGCUGUACGACCUGUGGGAGAAUCCUGCGCACAGCAACAAGCAUGCUCCCAAACCGCCUAUCGACGGCUCCAGGCCCACCCACGCCAGGGUGCGACAAAUCCACUCAUCAAGCUCCUCCUCCUCCUGUCACUCUCGCCGGGUGGUUUGCCAGCGAUCGAGGCUCUCCAGCUCCCACGGGGGCUCAGGUCUGGAGCAGGCUCGGGUGGAGGUCCAGGAGGAGCUGUGCGUGAUGGAGGAGGUGUGCACCGUCAGUCGCUGCUGCAGCAGCUCCGGGGCGGCCAGAGGCGAUGCCGGUAGCUCCCAGCCCCACAGCAGCCAGUCCACCAAGGAUGACUGGUGCGACCGAGACGAUUUGGAGCUGACACUGUCGGAUGGUGAUGAUGAUCGUCCACCGUCCUUGGUCAGCAACUCCUCCCACGUUCUGCAGGUGCUGCAGGAGAACCAGGAUGAGGAGGAUGAGGAACUACCACCCAGUGUUUCCCAGUGCUGCCAAUGUGAGCGGUCGCCAACCCCGGCUCCCCUCAUGCUGCAGAAAGGGGAAGACGGCGGCAGCAGAGCCUCGUCCUGUCACUGUGGAGGGAUAACCCCACACUCCUUGGCCCAGGAGGGGGGGAAUGACCGAGCUGUCAGUUCCAUGUCCAAAACAAGCAAGCUGUCUUGCAGGUCCAGCAAGUCCAAGACCCCAUGUCAAAAUUAUACUAAUGAUCGACAGGAAGAUGUGCAGGAUAGCGUUAUGAGAAGCCUGUCCAGCAACAACGGGCUCCCAGGUUACGAUGUCCGAUCCAACCAAUCCAGUGCAUGUUCUCACUGCGGAGGCUCCAAGGGUACAACAACCACACCCGACCCACGUCACCCAGACCAAGGUGAAAAUCAUGGGGGCAGCGGAGAUGAGCGGGCUCCCAGCCAGAUGUCGGAGAGCUCUAGGGAAGGUUCUGGGGAAUCUCUCCACUCCAACAAGUCCAACCUCACCCACCACGACUGCACCUCAGUGAUGUCCAAUAUUCCAGAGGAGCGAGAUCCAGAAGAGGCUGAAGAUGCAGAAGAGCAGGCGAAUAGAGAGGAGAACGGUGAGCGAGCAGUUAGUGCCCUGUCAACAAGAUCCCAUCUAUCAGUCAAAUCAAGUAAAUCCAUUAUCAGAAGCUCAACCAGAGCUUCUGAUAGGUCACCUUCCCCCAAACCCGUAGAUGUGGAAAAUGAAUCUGAGAGAGCGAGCAGUGCUGUGUCUAUCAAAUCUGUGAAAUCCUUUGCCUCUGUCUCUAAGAAGCCUGCAAAAUCAUGCAAGCCUCACAGUAACAACUGUUCAAGGACUCAUACUCCCUGCUCACAGGUAGAAGUUAAAGCAGAAGGAAUGGAAGACGGGGCAGCGGAGGAGAAGGGUGCAAGGUCAGAAAGUGUAAUGUCCUCUAAAUCUGAAAAAUCUGCAAAAUCAGCCCAAUCAUCUCAGUUGGAAAGGUCAAUUUGUGCGCAGGCACAAAUUGACGAGGUAGGGGCAGCCGUAACAGACAACUCUAACAGAGCUGCACACAGAGCAGCUAGUGCCAUGUCUGUUAAAUCGGCGACUUCCAUUCGAUCCAGCAAUUUGCUGAAAUCUAACUCUGACGGUGAUACAGACGCAGCCAUCAAAACAGAAUUAGAAACCGAAGCAUGCGAUGAGGCCGAGGCAGAAGAAGGCAAUGAUGAGAGGGCCUCUACACAGUCAAGGUGUCACUGCGGCGCUGCUUCCAGAACCCAGAAAAGAGAGGAAGAAAAUAACAGAGUAGAGGGUGGGGAGGAAGGUGAAACAACGGAGGACAAGGAACCCUCAGAGCAGGCGCCCAGCGUUCACUCAACAAACUCCAAAAGACAAAGGAUCAAUUCAGGGGACACUGAGGAACUCCUGAGUCGAGAUUCAUUUGGGUCUGUCUCUCUGGUGUUACCAGAAGAGGAACAGGGAGACUCAGACGGUGGGGAGUCCCACAUCUCCUCCCACACAAAUCCAGCCAACGCCACUAAUGCUGAAAGAAUGGAUGAGUCUGCAGUGAAACACACAGUGGAUUUGGAGGACAUGGCAAACCCUCUGCCCCCCAUUCAAAGUCAACCAGACAUAACGAUUGACACACCUGGACAGAGCGUACACAGUGAGAAGGAUGAAGAGCCAGCAACAGACAUGUCCCCCACUGCUCAUUCGUCCAGGAGCAAUCUUUCUGUGAAAGGCUCUAAACCGAAGGAGUCAGAAAGAGUGAAGACACAUCACCUUGAGCCCUCUGUCAAACGCUCUACAUCUGCAAUGUCAGCAGCAAGCGGUAACGCUCGGAGCAAAACCCCCUCCCGAGCGAACGAGGCACACAGUAUGGAUGACAACAAGCCUUGUGUGAUAUCCAGGACUCCUAGCCGUCUCAGAACGAACUCGGCAGCAUCUACUUGCUCCAACGCAAAAGCAAAAGCCACAACCGCAAAAUCCAACCUAAGCUCUUCUACUCCGAGGCAAAAAGGAAGCAAAACAUCUGAUGUCUGCAGCGUGAAAUCAACGAGCAGCGCAAGGUCGAAGGAGGGGUCCUUCCAGCCGACGGCGCAGAUGAUGAAAUCCGACGACGACGCCCUCUGUCGCUCCUCGUCUGCCGCCGACCUGCUCAGAGAGGCCUUAGCAUCCGCUAGGCUAGUCAGCCGGCAGUCGAGAGGAAGUGACAAAAGCAGGAGCACUAAGCCCGGAUGCCAAAUAAACAGGAUGCAGGAGGAGGAGGAGGAGGGAGGAGAGCUGACCCCCGCCUUGCUUCCCAACGCCUCCCCCAACGAGGUGGUCAGCGACUGGCUCCGGAGCAUCCCGACCGACGGCUGCCUGUCUGUGUACAGGGAGGAGAUGGGCGACGGGGGAGGAGAGGAGGAGGAGGAAGAAAAUUCCACUCAAGAAAAAGAAAGUCCUGAAGAUCAGAAGGUCAAUGAGGUUGCAGAGACCCCAGAAAAAGGGGUUGAAGUAGAGGAGGAAGAGGAUGAGAAAAUGCAAGGGGAUGAGGAAGCAGAGCAAGACAAAGAAGAAGUGUCUGACUCAGGACUGACCCACGCUGUGGAUGAGGUCACAUCCUCCGAUCACAAGGCUAUGUUCCAACACAGCGUCUCGAUGUCCAGGAACUGUAACUCCUCCGUUGCGGUGAUGAAGGUGCUGCUAAGCCCCAGCCUAGGAAGAUCUAACAGCCUACCGGAGGUAUCUCCGGUGUACGGCCGCAAGCUGAGCACCUCGGCCAAGGGUCUGCUGGACUGCUUGGCCCAGCUGCAGCUGAUCCAGCCCCUGGUACCCGACCCGGCCUGCGAGGUGCACAAGGACCACCGGGAGCGCUACAACGAAGUCAUGAGCAUCCUCCAGUCCCUGUGGCUCACCGAGCCCAGGGACCUGCCAAAGGACCAGAUCACCCCUUCGCGGUCCUCCUCCGGCGUAGAGGUGGGGAGCGGCUCGGGGGAAUCGGGCAAGGACAACAAUGUCGGAGGAAGAGGAGCUGAAGGUCUGGCGAAGGAUGCAGCGGAAUCUGUGCUCGGGGAAGAGGAGGCUGAUGCAGGGGAAGGAGAACAUGAUGCAGAGGGCGAAGGGACCGUUGGGACCCCAACGCCCCGGGAAACAUCCCCGAGACCCGAAGCGGAGGCUGCCGAGAGCCCCUCGUCCAGCAGGGACGAUGGGCCCGAGGACGCCGCCACUGACCCCACGCCCCCCUCCUCAUCGGACAAGUCCAGCUCGGCGGUGGGCGGCUCCAAGUCCCCGACGGACAACGAGCAUGAGACAGCGGCUGAGAGCUCCGGAUCGGGCACACAGCGCACGGCGCCGCCCCCGGUGCUUGCUGAACGCGCCACGGCCGCGGACCCGGACCCCACCUGGGCGCUGCACCUGCUCCGGAAGCUGGAGAAGCAGUUCAUGAGCCACUACAUGGCGGCCAUGGUGGAGUUCAAGGCGCGCUGGGACCUGGAGGACAACGUGCUGCUGGACACCAUGAUCGCAGAGCUCCGCGACGAGGUGGGCCGGCGCAUCCAGAGCAGCGUGGGCCGCGAGCUGAAGAAGAUCCAGGGCCGGGCCGGGCGGGGCGGGCGGACCCCCAGGCCCCCGGUAGGGACCCUCUCCCGAGAGUCCACAAUGACGGAGAGGAGGAGGCAGAUGUUGAAGGUCAUGAAGAACCAGCCGAAGACGGCCGACUCCCUCAGCGACGGUGAGAAGUUCAGUGACGAGCGCAGUGACGACGAGUACUGCCCGUGCGACGCAUGCGUGCGCAAGAAGCUGGCCGCACGGCCGGCCAGGACCCCGCCCACGCCAGCCACGCCCGCGCCACUCAGGAUGGACUUUGACCUCCGCAAGAUCCUCCAGCUGAGGAGGGACCCAGAAACCGAUGCCCUGGCCCCCAGGGCCACACCCUCACCCUUGCAGGGGCACCCUUCAGUGGGCGACAGCGACGGUGCCGGGGCACUGGAGCUGGAGGGGGAGGACAACAACCUGGAGGUUGUCCAGGAGGAGGAGGAGGAGAAAGAGGAGGAGCUGAAGAUGGAGAUGGCGACGGAGUUGGUAGAGACGAUUCCUGAGGAAGAGGAAGAGGAGGAGUUGGAGGCAGAGGAAGGAGACGAUGAAGAAGAAAAUGAAGAGGAGGAGGAGGAAGAAAUCUGCCAAGAGUGCAUGGUCUCCGACUCCAAGCCCGAGGAGGAAGCAGAGACGACAGAGAAGAAGGAGAGCAGGGAGGGAGAGGAAGAGGAGGAGGCAUCAGAGGAAGUGACGUCAGAUGAAGUGGUGGCGAGUGGCGAGGAGCCCACCACCGUGGAGGAGGAGCAGCAGCUCAUUGGAGUAGCCCAGGAGGAAGGUGACGAUGAGGGCAGAGAAGAUUCCCCUGUUGAGGUCAACACGGAAGAGGAGAAGGAAGGAGGAGAGGAGGAAGAGCCCAAGUCGGCGCGAGCAGUGACUCCGACGGUGUGCGUGACGAUGGGAGAGGAGGCGGAUGGCGAGGACUUGGGCGGUGAGACGAAGCAGCCAGAGAGCAACGAUGCGUCGGAAGCGGGCGGAGCAAACGACAUUAGUGAUGCAGAGAAGGAGGAGGAGAAGGAGGCGGGGGCGAUCCAGCGCCUCCCACAGCAAGUCACCCGCAGCUCGGUGGAGUCCCAGCCGGGCUCCAUGGAGGACCUGGUCUCCCCUCCUCCCGCCUCCUCCACCCACACCGGCCCCAAGCCGGUCGCAGCCCCAAAGCCGAUUGUGGCCCCCAAGCCGGUCGUGGCCCCCAAGCCACGGCCCCCCGACGGAGUGUCCGGGGGUGUGGGGGUCAGCGGCCGCGGCCAAAGGAGAAGCCGCUCCCCGGCACGGGUCAAGCGACGCAAGCAGAGGGAGGGCGACGUGGAGCUGGACGACCUCUAG